AUGGCUCCCCCACGACUUCUCUGCUUCGGUGACCAAACCACUGAUUCAUGCAGCCGUAUCAAAGACUUAUACGCGAAGGCGACCCAAUACAAUCGUCUACGCGACUUCCUGACUGUCGUCGACCGUCUUGUCCGUUCACAGCGUUUGGGUAUAUCGACCACUGACAACCCCCUUUUUGAUGAUUACGAUUCGAUGGAUACCGUGGCUGAGGCCUAUGCUCAGCGAACCGAUUAUGGUGUCGUUAUGCCCACCGUGCUACUCUGUGUAGCUCAGCUUGGAGGCUUGAUUCUACACCUGGAGGAGAACCCAACUCUUCUGUGGGGAGAAACUUCCAAGUUGCACAUCGUUGGUCUCUGCACUGGGUUGUUCCCGGCAGCUCUGGCGGCCACUGUCCCAUCACCGGCAGAGUUGCUUCCUUUGUCGUUACUCAUGGUUAUGUUAUCACUGCGCCUGGCAAUCCAGGUGGACCGCCGAUCUCGCUACAUUGAGGCUUCGACCCAGAGUUGGGCAGUAUCGGUGAAGCGGGCCUCGGCCGGUGAGCUGGAAAGAGUGAUUGCAUCCUUUAAUGAGGAACAAGAGCUUCCAGAACAUAAGCGGGCGUAUAUAAGUGCCGAACUUGAUACAUCUGUGACGAUCAGCGGUCCUCCUUCCACGCUAUCCCUCCUUACGCGCCACCCCUCAAUCAGCAACCUGCCAAAGUUGGAACUACCAAUCGCCGCCGCAUACCAUGCUCCUCAUCUCAGAAGACCUAGCUUGGAGGAUAUUUUAGGGCCUUUGAAGGUUCCAGACCUUCGAGUUCGGCGAAAUGUUACUGUGGUGUCCCCAAACUCAGGCAUGCCGUAUGCCACUGCCUCCUUGCGCGGACUGCUACAUUUCAUGAUGGCUGAUCUCCUCCAAAAUAAGGUGUCCUGGAACAGGAUGAUGAGAGGACUGCCUCCGGGCCUGAGGACAUCCAAUGCUACGAUGGCUGUUACACCAAGCGACCGGCUCGGAUCAUUGGUGGACGAAGUCUUCCUCGGUGAGUACUUCGAUGCUGAUUAUAACACUGUUGCUAUUGUUGGUAUGUCAUGCCGGCUUCCGGGGGUCGGCUCGCCAGAUGAUCUGUGGAAGAUACUAGAGAAUGGUCAGAGUAUAAAUAAAGGGACACCUGCAAAGUAUCCUGAUGCCCAGACCAGUGUAGACCGAUUCGGGAGUGUGAAGAAAAGCAGUCAACCGGUACAAAGCUGGUUCAUUGACCAGCCCGGGCUAUUUGACGCUGGCCUGUUCAACGUCGCUCCCGAUGAUGUUAAAGACAUGCACCCAAUCAAGCGGCUUCUACUCCUCGCCGUGUACGAGGCACUUGAAAGUGCUGGGUAUACCCCCCAUAGCCGUGACUCCCGGCGCGUGGGUACCUUCAUUGGACAGGCCACAGACCAGCCACGCUACCUUCGCGAUACUGUUGGCGCUGGGCGAUUGAAUCAAUACUUCAAGUGGGAUGGCCCUUCAUAUACCAUUGACACAGCAUCUUCUCCAAGCACAGCCCCUAUGGAGAUGGCGUAUCAUGCUCUACGUCGCAAUGAGUGUGAUAUUGCGGUGGUCGUAGGCACCAAUCACUUGUCUGAUCCGACGUGCAACUCCACUGAGGAAGGGCACUUUCGUUCAGAAGGAGUGGGUGUGGUUAUACUUAAGCGGCUACCAGACGCGCUCAAGGCUAAUGAUCGCGUUCGGGGUGUCAUCACCGCUGUGGUCUCUAAUAAUACAGGUAAUCCCUGCAACAAGCCUCCUCAGAAAAGGCUCUUAAAAGACGUCCUGCGACGCGCCCGUCUUGGUCCAGGGGACUUGGACUAUAUAGAAGGGGACGGGUGCGAUGAGGAGCAGAAUAUGGCGCAAGUCGAGUCGAUCGUGGAUCUCAUGUCACUCACGCCUGAAGGGAAUGAGCCCCUGCGCAUCGGCUCUGUCAAGCCGACGGUUGGCCAUUUGGGAGCAGCCUCUGGCAUUCUUUCUGUGCUCAAAUCUGUGCCCAUGCUUGAGCGGGGGGUAAUCCCUCCUGAUGUUGGUAUCAGCUCAGCCUCGAAGGGGCAAUUAGCCAAAGCCAAAGUUGAAGUUCCUCAGUCGGCAAUGGCAUUCCUGCAAUCUCGUCGAGGGCGUGAUACGCGCCGCAUUCUGGUCAACCACUCCAACACCAUGGGCGACAAAAUGGCAUUACUUAUUGAAAAUCAUCCAUGCGCUAUCCCUCAAAAGCGCUCUGACCAACGCGCUAACUAUGUGGUGGCGGUUUCCGGACAGACGGUGAAGUCCCUGAGAGGCAACCAAGAGCGACUUCUACAGUAUUUGCAGGCACAGCCUGAUGCGCAACUGGCCAACGUAGCAUAUACGACAACUGCCCGACGAGUGCAUCAUGUAUACCGUCGCGCAUAUUCCGUGGGUCAUGUCCGGCAGCUCAAGGAGAUCCUGCAGAAGGAGCUUGCAGAUCCCCUGCCUGUGGAUCUCGUUGGCAAUCAACCAAGCCGGGUCUUUGUAUUCACUGGCCAAGAGGGACAAUAUCCGGGGAUGGGGCGACAGCUCUUCAGGACGUGUCCUACCUUCAAACAACGACUGCUUGAAUGUAACAACAUAUGCACACAGCUUGGAUACGGACCGUUUGUGGACAUCAUUGAACGGGAAGAUCUUGACCUAGGCGACAUGACACCCGUCCAGAGCCAGCUUGCUGUGAUCUCGCUGGAAGUGGCACUGGCUGAUGCAUGGCGGGCCUGGGGCACUACACCGGGAUAUGGUUAUGGGACAUAG